GCCCAAUCACGGGGCGAGCUGGACCUGGCUGUGAUCAUUUAUAAUCCUUGACUCCUCCGCUACGCCACUUGUCAAGAUGACAGAAGUGUCCUCUUGUCGGAGACUGAAAAGCGCAAAUGACCUUCGGACUCCGGCAGGGGAGGGCUGCCUGAAUACUCAGACUUCCUCGCCAGCCCCAGCUCUGCUCUGUUUAGAACAAGUGUCUGCACCCGGGUUCAAGUACCUGGACCUCCAGCCGGUACCGACUGUCGGGGGCACACUCAGCAAACCUUCAAAGCGCCCACCACCAGCAAGCACCACCCCCUUCUGCUUCUCUCUCUUCCCGCAGCCCAACACUGCCCCUGCCACAACUUGGUUUGUUUGCAGUGGGAGCGAGCGGAAAAAGUUUACCGCCUCUAGGACACUGCCACUUUGUAAGUUUCUGCCAAAACUCAACUGGGGGGUGCAGUGGGGGGGGGGAUCUGUAGCCCCAGGCCCCGCCCUCAACCCUCACCCACACCCCUGGCAACGGAAAGCCCACCCUAGGAGCCUUUUUAACUGCACGAAGCUCCUUCACAGAGCGGCUUUCUGGCUCCCUGCCUCCUGCCACCUCCAGGCACCUUUCUGUCCGCGGGAGGCAUGGGUCCUGCGCCUUAGAGAGGACCAGUGCUCGCAUAGCUCCUUGAAGAGGAGCAGCCAGGGUUCCCUGAAACCAGCCUGGAGCCACGGGUCCAACUGAGAGUCUCCAGGCCUGGCCAGAGCUACUGCUGGCGAGUCUGGCCAGUCUCCCGCAGCUGGCGGAGGGUCCCCAGGCCUGCCCAGAGCUAUGGCCGGCCAGUCUCCCGCAGCUAGUGGAGGGACCAGACUCCAGCCGAGCCCUUGGCUCCCACCUUCCACUGCGAAUGAACUUUAGAGCAGAGGACCCCACCAGUCAGUACCUAAUUUGUCUUGGCUGGGAUCAAAGACAUUUGUGUUUUUUAACGUUCAAAAGAACAAAUCUAGCAAUCGGAUAAACAGGGAAAAGCCUGAACCUUUCUGGUAUUUUCCCAAAGUUUAGCGUGGAACUCACAGAGCCUCAGUGAACUCGAAUUAGAGCGUCCAUGUCCAUGGUGUGAGUUCCCUAAGAUGCUAAGUCACUGAGUGCAAGGCUGGGCUUUGGAAAGCCUUGGCAAUAAGUGAAUCCGACCCGGUUCUAUGAGCGUUAAUGACUCAAAGACCCACAGGCACAUCUUUCUGGAACAAUCUAGGCAUGGUACAGCCUCUUUACUGUCACAUGAAUUUCACACUUCAAAAAGACUAAGGCAGCAGACUCGCAUGAAUUACACCGUCCUGGUCCUGUCUUCAUUAUCGUAAGAAGUCCGUCAAUUAUGAAUGUAUGGUUCCAGAUACCACAAGAGAAUCAAGUAACCGCCCCCCCCAAUUAGCAUCCUUGACUGUGAUCAUAAGGAAAUUCUGAGGGUGUUUUAUAAAUCACCUGUUUCCACAAAAACAUUCUCUGAGUGUAACUUUUAUAACUGUCCAAAAAGCAAAACCCCUCUCUUGUUCUUACAUAUGUUGAUAUUUAGAGUACA